AUGGACGUCGUUCAAGGCAAGUUGCACCGCGUACAAAACCACACGUGUCCCCGCGCCGGGCCCGCGUUUACUAAUUGGGCAACGUACCUCCUCACACACCACAACAACGGCGAUGGCAGCAGCGGCAGCAUCCCAAACGCGGCACUGUCGUCGCUGCUGGCGCCGAUAUCGUCGAUCGCGGCGACGCUGCACCGGCACCUGCUGCCGCUGAUCGACCACGUCUCCAAAAACCCGGACAUCGCGUCCAUCACGCUGCUGGUCAUCGUGCUGCUCGUCUCGCUCAAAAUACUCAAUAUCCUCUACCGUGCCGUCGUCUUCUGGAUCUCGCUCGCCUUCAAGCUCGUCUUUUGGGGUACAGUCGUUGUCGUCGGCCUGUUCGUGUGGAGCCGCGGCGUCGAGGGCGCCGCCCAAGACCUCACCGUCUGGGGCCGCUACUGGGUCGACGUGUGGACGAGCGAGUACGCCCGCUUCCAGGACCAGCUCGAAGACGCGCGGAAGUUCCAGAUGCUGCAACAGCAGCAGGCACAGGCGCAGGGGCAGCAAGCGUUCGCACGGUGA